AUGACAAUCUCUAAAGAUAGUAAUGUCAGCAGCUUCUUCUUCAUACUGAUGGAUCUCCCAGGACUGGAGACUGCUCACUAAUGGACACAUUCAGCCAUUCCUAUAUGCUCCAUCUAUGUUCUUUCCAUGCUGGGCAAUAUCACAGUAAUGCCCAUCGUCAAGUCAGUGCCAAGCUUCCACACACCCAUGUACCUCUUUCUCUCCAUGCUUUUAAUGGCAGACUUGGGCCUCUCAGCUUCCACUCUGCCUUUAUUGGUGGCCGACUUCCUCCUGGGCCACAAGAAAACAAGGGCUACAGCCUUCUUUGUACAGCUCUUCUUCAUCCACACUUUCUCAGUCACUGAAUCAGCUGUUCUGUUGGCUAUGGCAUUUGACCGCUGUGUGGCUAUCAGAGAACCCUUGCGCUAUGCCACCAUCCUCACAUCCAAGCUCAAUGGAGCCAUUGGGCUGGCCAUCGUGCCCUGCAGUGCUGCCCUCCACCUGCCCCUGCCGGUGCUCCUCGGAAGACCGCAGUUCAAGCAUGUAAAUGCUCUGUCUCAUUGCUACUGUGUCCAUCCUGAUGUUCUGAGACCGUCCACAUCCAGCACCCUCAUAAACAGUGGCCUUGGGCUCUUUGUAAUGCUCUCCACACUUGGGCUGGAUGCUGUGCUCAUUUUCCUCUCCUAUGUCCUGGUCCUGAGGACAGUGCUGAACAUCGCUUCCAAUGCUGAGCGACUCAAGGCUUUCAACAAGUGCUUUUCCCACAUCUGUGCUGUACUGCUGCUUUAUACUCCACUAGUUAGCCUGUCCAUGAUUCAUCAUUUCUGGAAAAAGAAGCUCCCGCCUCAAAUAUACAUGCUCCUCUCUUAUUUACACUUCCUUAUGCCUCCAAUGCUCAACCCAAUUGUCUACAGUGUUAAAAUCUCAAAGAUUCGGGUAUGCAUUCUAAAAGCACUUCUUCCCCCAAAAGUUUGA